UCAAGGCGGGUCAUAUUGUCAAAACAAUGGAGCUAGCGUGGUAGCUAGAAGGGGAACUGCGGAAGGUUGUGAGAUAAGAAACACAUUUCUUACCAAACACAGUACUAUUUCCUUUAUUUCAUGCGUUUUACGUUGAACGGAUUCAAAUGGCUUUCAAGACUUACAUAUAUUAUUUUCGUUUAUCCUAAAAAUACAACGUAAGACACGCAUUGCUGUCAACCUUGACAUGCUAACGUUACAUACAGUUGCAUAAGUAGCCUUAGUUCCUUGGUAGAAAUUCACUGUGUUGUCAACCACCUAACAGCCACGAAGAUGGCUUCUCUCAGAGCAUUGUCGUCCACCAGGGUUGGCACUUUCUUCUACAGGAAAGCACCAAGCUCGACCCAAGUUUUAGCAUCAUGCAGUAUUUGGUGCAGAAGAAAUCUGUAUGGGUCACUCAGAAGGCAUAACAGCAUGUCUGCAUGGGUUAUUGACCAAUACGGUACGAAUGAGGUCCUAAGGGUUAGCGAUGAAAUCAUGAUGCCCACCAUAAACCUAGCCAGCGAAGUGCUGAUAAAAGUUGAAGCUGCCAGCCUCAACCCCCUUGACAUCUCGAUGAGGGGUGGUUAUGGAGCUACACUGUUGAAUUUGAGACGUGACCCCAUGUCUGUGAUGCAGAAUGACACAGAGUUCCCGCUGAUCCUGGGCCGUGAUGUUUCUGGUGUAGUGGUGGAAUGCGGCUCCCAGGUCACACAUUUUGCUCCAGGUGAUGAGGUAAAGGUCAACAGCUUAAUGGUGUGGGCGGCAGUUCCUCCCUGGAAGCAGGGCAGUCUGGCCCAGUACCUGACCCUCACCGAGUACGAGGUCUCCCACAAACCAAAAUCGCUGAGUCACACAGAAGCCGCCUCCGUCCCUUAUGUCGCCACAACAGCUCUGUCUGCCCUGGUCAAUGCCGCCGGCCUGUGCAGUGAAAACUGCUCUGAUAAAAGGGUUCUGAUCACUGGAGGUUCUGGGGGCGUUGGGACCUUCUCCAUCCAGCUCCUCAAGGCUUGGGGGGCCCAUGUGACGGUGACCUGUGCUGGGAAUGCAGAGGGGCUGGUGCGAGGCCUGGGAGCGGACGAGGUGGUGGACUACACCGCUGGGGACGUGGCUGCUCAGCUGGAGGCCACAGAGAAGUAUGACGUGGUCCUUGACAACGUGGGGGGCGUGGACACGGAGCGGUGGGCCCUGGGCCUGCUGAGGCCCUGGUCGGGGGCCAAGUACGUCACGCUGGUCAGCCCCCUCCUGCACAGCACCGACGCGGCGGGCCUGGUGGAGGGCCUGGGGCGCUCCGGCUGCAGCCUGCACAGCAAGGCCCUGCAGAACCUGCUGUCCCGCGGCGUCUUCUACCGCUGGGGCUUCUACGCGCCAGACGGCCCCGCCCUGGAUGAGGUCAGCGCGCUGGUGGACGCCGGGAAGCUGCUGCCGGUGGUGCAGGCGUGCUUCCCCUUCAGCCAGGUGCCGCAGGCCUUCCAGAGGGUGGAGCAGGGCCACGCCCGGGGCAAGACGGUCAUCAGCGUGGGGGGCCAGCGGGACCCCCUGUCUGAGCAGGAGGAGGGCUGCCCCGCGGAGGACGGGGGCCGCCACGCCCGCGCUCAGACGGCCCACUCGUAGCGGUCAGAGGAGGGGCCGUGUUGCUCUGGAGACGUGAGGCCACGCCGAGCAGGCAGGAUAACAUGUACUUUAUCAACUCCCACAGGGGUUUAAGGCAAGAGAUUAUAUCUAUUAUUUUUUUCCACUAGAAGGGGAGAAAUAAGGCUGUCUUUGGCAACAGGGAAUUGUCUAGCCAGGAUUAGCGCUGUGUGUGUGUGUGUGUGUGUGUGUGUGUGUGUGUGUGUGUGUGUGUGUGUGUGUGUGUGUGUGUGUUUUUCAAUCUCUAGCUUUUUAGCAGAGAUAGUCUAGAGAGGUUGAGCUGAUACAAGCACUGCAUGAGUGAAUGGGGAAAGCUUCUUCUGCAGUCCCUCUGAUUUCCCAAUGUGGUAAACCUGAAAGGCUUCUGCUGUACACUGGGGUUUGGAAAGCAAAGGGGUUUUCAUUCAUCCACACGACCAGCUGGUUCUGUAAUAAAUAAAGUGACAGUUUUCAAGAAAA